UUCGCACAAUGGUGUACGAAGUUCCUUCUAAAAUACUGUUGUUCAUUGGUCGUAUGUAUGAAUUUCAUAGUGUUCGCAGGUUACAAUAAAUCAGACAAUUUUUCAAUUAAAGUUGAAUUAAGAUUGGAAUUGUAGUGUAGUGUGCAAGGACCAUUAAUCGUAAGAUACAGAAUCGAGAACUAUUUAAUGGAUCCGACUAUCGGUUGGUAUCAACCGGAGCAGUUCGGCCCUGCUAAGGAUUUGUGGUUACACAUUUGGGAAGCUGAGAAAGGCCUGGAUAUUUUAACGUUGAAAAACGACUCGUCUUCGAAUGUAAUGGGAAUGAAACUUCAACAAGACUUCAUGUCCUUGGAUUCUCUUAAUUCUCGUACAGGGGACCGCAUGCAACAUAAUACUUGCAGCAACUAUUAUAAUCCAUCUCGUAGGAAAGGUGAUAAUCGUGCUAGUACCUACGGCAUGAACUACAAUUACGAUGCCUUAGUUGGCGAAUACGGCGGUUGUCCAUGGCGGGUACCUAAUAAACAUUAUUCGAAGGGUGUUAUUGGAUUACAUGAAGAAAUUGAAGAUUUUUUUGCUUAUAUGUGUCCCUCUAAUGAAGAACAUAGUUUACGAAUGCGUGUUGUCAAAAGGAUAGAACAAGUAAUAUAUGAUCUCUGGCAAGAUUCUAAGGUUGAAGUAUUUGGCAGCUUUCGCACUGGUUUAUAUUUACCUACAAGUGAUAUAGAUUUAGUAGUAAUAGGAAUGUGGACAAAUCUUCCAUUACGUACUUUGGAACGUGCUUUAUUGGAUCAAAAUAUAGCUGAACCAUCUUCUAUUAAAGUUUUGGAUAAAGCUAGUGUCCCAAUUGUGAAGUUGACUGAUAAAGAAACUGAGAUUAAAGUAGAUAUCAGUUUUAAUAUGAAUAAUGGCGUUAAAUCUGCAGAAUUGAUAAAUUCUUUUAAAAAGAGGUUUCCAGUACUGGAAAAAUUAGUAAUGGUAUUAAAACAAUUCUUGUUACAAAGAGACCUGAAUGAAGUGUUUACUGGUGGAAUUUCCUCGUAUAGUUUAAUACUUAUGACUAUCAGUUUUUUACAGUUACAUCCCAGACAAAAUGCUUAUUGCUCAAGUGCUAAUCUUGGGGUGCUGUUAAUAGAAUUUUUGGAAUUAUAUGGUAGGAAAUUUAAUUAUGUUAAAACAGGAAUUCGUGUAAAAGAUGGUGGUACUUACAUAUCGAAAGAAGAGGUUCAAAGAGAUAUGAUAGAUGGCCAUCGACCUUCUUUAUUAUGCAUAGAAGAUCCACUUACACCAGGGAAUGAUAUUGGUCGUAGUAGUUAUGGUGCUCUGUAUGUAAAAGACGCAUUUGAUUGGGCUUAUUAUGUCCUCUCACAAGCAGUUAGUCCUUUAAAUAUUUUAGUUAAUGAUGCAAAUAAAAUAAGUAUACUAGGAAGAAUAAUUCGCGUGACAGAUGAAGUAAUAGAAUAUCGCAAAUGGAUUAAAGAAACAUUCCCACUACCUUUGAGUGAGGUAGAUUCAUUAUCAAGUUCUACUGCAUCUGAUGCUUCAACACUAUCUGCACCAGCUAGUGAUACGGAUUCUGAGUGUAGUCGUGGAAAUUCUCCUAAUGCUAGUGGAAAAGGAGAAGAUAGAAAUAAAGGAAGACAUGUAUAUAAUAAUCAACAUACUCAUCAUUCACAAUGGAAAAAGCCAUUUAAAGGAACUGCUCAUGGUAAUCACCAUCAUAGUUCCAGAGGAAACUAUCAUCAUCGUGGAAUAAAUAAUAAUAUAAGCGGACAAAGUAAAGCAAAACACUCUCUUCACAGUAAUGGAAAUAAUAAUAAUAGUCAUAGUCCAAGUUCAAGAUCACAAACCGUUAAACGAAAAAAACAGUGCAUUACACCUCGUGGUACUGGAGAUUGUGUACGGUGAUGAAACGUGUAAAAUAAUGUUGAACUUUGUUUCACACUUAAGUAGAGAGCUCAAUAUCAUAAUUGUGUGGUGAAAAGACAUUGAUUAACUUUCAUCACGCAACUAAAUUAUCCUUUCCACUUUAGAGGGGCUCUGUGUCUAGAAUUAUAGAGUUGAUAUACUCUAUAUUACAUUUUUCUUAUAUGGACAAGCAAGUGGCCCUGGUAUAGUUAAGUUCUUCAUUUCACCAGAACAAUUUUUUAUUCUGUACGAAAAUUUACAUACCAAAGACGUACAGAAUUGUAAUAUAGAUUGGUCUAGUUUUACUUUUAUUUUGCAUUACUGCACAUAUUACAAACAACAUCAAAAAAGACGUGUAAUAUUUUAUUAAUUAUUGUUUACAUAGUUACAAUCUUAUUGCAAUCUUUGAAUAGCAAUUGUGUCCAUAAUCACGGUAAACUGAUUGUAAUACAUUUAUAUAAUACGAACGAUAUAUACAAAGAUUAUUUACAGUGCAGUUUUCUUAAAGAUUUCAUGAAGUUGUAAAACAAACUCUAAUAAUGAUGAUAAAGACUUAGUUUUCUAUACGGAACUAUAUUCUUAUAACAAAGGGAUAACAGAAAAAUUGGUGAUAUUGGAACUUACCUAUUGUAAAUAUUGUAAUAUAUAUUAUCGAACAUAGAAAAAUAAGUCUAAGAGUUACCUACUACAUUUUUUUUAUUUUGUACGUAUCUAAAAUAGUGUUUGUUAUAAUAAUUUUAUCAUUUAAGAUCAUGGAUUAGUCCAUGUACAUGUGAGAAUUACGUAUUUUUUUGCUAUGAUAUGUAAGUCCAGUAAUUGUGAAAAUGUUUUGGUAUAUCUUUCGGAUUUUAAUAAAGUUAUAAGUUCGUGUGCCGAUGAUCAACAAAUUUUGAAUAAAAAAUAUUUUUGAAAAUAUUAACUUAUUAAAGAAAAAAAAUGAUACACUUUAGAUUUUUACACUGUGUUCUUUAAAGUCGUAAUUGUGCAUAAUGCUUUACUUUUUAUACAGAAUUACUGAUUUCAUAACACUAGUUUGUAAUUUUUAGUCUCUCCUGAACAAUAAUACAUUAUUUUUAUAUUAUGAGAAUAAUAGUAAGCAUAUACAUUAUGGUCGAAUAUUACAAAUUCAAUGCACGAAUCAGACAUUGCAUUUAAACAUAUUUUGUGUUACUCUUUAAAAUCUGAGCAACGUUUCAAAAAUUUUGUAUGUGACAAUAUAUGCAGAAGGCCUUUGUAUUGUUGAAAACUAUUAUUGAAAUGUACUUGUGAAAAUCAUCUUAUAUCUAAUUUAUUAUUGAAAAUUACAUUCCGUUCUUCAAUAGAAAUCUUUGUUCCUUAAAUUGAAAAAAGAUAACUGCGUAAAAAUAGCAAUUUACUAAUUAAGAAUCUUUAUCCAGAUUGCAUUUUGUGUUAAUGCAAGUUGUAAUGUGAUUCAAACAGUGUCUCCCAUUAAAUUCGAGUGCAGAGAUCAAUAACUUUAUUAUUCACUUUCCUCCAAACUUCUACUUCUUGCGCAGUAUUCUAUAAUAUUAUUUAUCAAAACAUUGUUCAUGGAUAACAUUGUAAGCUGUGAUUCAAUUUUAUAAUUAGAAUGUCAAUUAACCGUAACAACAUACAUAUAUGUGUGUAUACAUGUAUGUAUGGUGUAUGUAAACCACAAUGUGACCAGCAAAAAAUGUGGAUUUUACAUUCUUAAAACUAUGUAAUUAUUAUUACUAUUGUUAUUGUUAUUACCGAUGAUUAGUCUGCAAGGAUGAUUACAAAUUUUUCAAUUAGAAUCAAAUUUUCGUAAGAAUUUAUUAUUAAUAAUUUGUGAUUUAUGUUUAUCUAUUUUAAAAAAUUAUUUAAAAAUGUAAAACACGACAAAUUUAAUAAACAGUAAUAACAGGUUUUCUUGUAUUAUUAUUAUUAUCUUUAUAAUUUUAAAUAAUGUAGUCAUAGAUCUAUUUCUAAAAUUGCAUAGUACAAAAUAAUAACAAGCAAAUUAUAAGCAAACUAACUCAUGUUUAGAAUUGAGUUUGAGAGCUAAAAUGAUUCCUACUUUUAACACAUAAAAAUAAGAUAGUGACAUGUAAUGAUAAUAAGAUAAAAUAAAGCCUUCAAACACAAAGAAAUAAAUUAAUUCUUAAUUUAUUUCUUUUUUGAACUAUGCAACUCGUACUAUAAUUACAUUAUUCUUUAUUAUGUUUCUUAUUUUUAUACAAGAAUGUAUAGAAUGUUUUAUUUGAAAAGUUUAAAGGUACGCAUCUACUUCAGAAUAAAACUAUCAUGAGUUGUUCUCAAGAGUAUUUCUCAUUAACAAAUCAGGUAAUCCACUUUAGAGAAAUAUUCUCGAGAACAAUUCGCGAUAGUUUUACUCUCAAGUGGACACAUACCUUUAAAUUUAUAUACAUAAAAUGUCAUUAAAAAGAUUUAUAUCUAAUUAUAGUAUUUUUUAUUACAUUAUUUAUUUUUCUAAACUAAAAUACAUAUUUUACAGUAGAUAUUUUUUUCAUGUAAUUCAAUGUUAACCACUUAUCUCAAGUAAUUCUAACAAAUUUUAACUAAAAAGAUCGAAAGUAAUAGGAAUAAAAAAAUUACCCAUAUUAUCAUAUUUGUAUUAUUAAAUAAAUGAUAACAAUGUUAAACCGUAAUGUGUUUAUGCAAUAUAAAAUAUGUACAACUGCUGCUCGCUUAAGCAUCCGUAAUCCGAGAUGUUAGAAUGUUCAUUUGGGUGGCUAGGAAGAAUUCGAGUGAAAAUGAGGAAAAGAAACAGGGAAUAUGAAUGAGAUAUUGAUACCCAAUGACAAUUUUACAUUGAUGACUAUUUUGUAAACCUAAUUAAAUUAAUUCAAGGAAUUAGUAGAAAUAGUGAUGAUGCUAAAGUAGACCAAAAUCCUGAUGCGUAUAAGAACAGUAUUUACAAUUUAUGCAGGAUACAACCAAAAAUUGCAUAAAAAGAUUUUCUUAUUUUGAGAGAAAUAUUUAAUUUAUUAAUGUUUCUUCUUACUAACCUUAUACAGAAUAUUUAUAUUAAACAAUU